CCGCGCCAGAGCAGACUUGAGACUCCCUUCCACAUUCAUCUCAUAUCUUUUGAUAGUACCCACACUCCCCUACUACGUUGUUCCCAGCUUCGGAAUCGCACUCUUCCAUGCCGCACCAUCAUCAGGUUGCGUUUUUCACGCCACUGAAGGAUAUCAGUGCGGAGGCGGAGGAGGGAUCAGGCUCAAUUCCGAAGAUACCCAUCAAUGAAGGCCCUAAUUGUCUUGGCCGCAGUUGUGUUCCAGCCAAUGAUAAACGGAUCAGCCGGAAACAUCUUACUGUCAUUGCCACUUCGGGUGGCUCUGCAGAAGUGUUUGUGGAAGGUACAAACCCAGUAGUUAUAAGAUCAAAAGGAGUGAGGAAGAAGCUUUUGUCAGGAGAAAGGUGGGAAAUCGGUGACCGUGAUGUGGUAGAGUUGAUACCUGGACAUUACUGUUUUAGGUACACAGCUCUUAGGAAUGUAAACUCACCACACAGCCGGAACAAAAGGCCUCUGAUCAUUGAAGAAAGUAGUAGUAGCAAAGAGGGAGGACACAGCCUCAAAAAAGCUAGAGAAAAUGGUUUGGAGCCCGAUAGCCAUAAAACAGAGAUUCUUGUAGAGGCAAUACGUUAUUUUGAUGUCCCCAAGGAUAAGUUAUCCCAAACAUUCCGGUUGCUUAGAGUUCAUGAGCUGCCAGCAUGGGCAAACACUAAUGCUGUUUCCAUCCAUGAUGUAAUACAGGGGGAUGUGCUUGUAGCCAUCCUUUCCAAUUACAUGGUAGACAUUGAUUGGCUACUCUCUGUAUGUCCCACUCUUAAAAAGAUUCCCCAGGUUCUUGUUAUACAUGGAGAAGGUGAUAGUACCGUAGAACAUAUGAAGAGAAGCAAUCUUUCAAACUGGAUUCUACACAAACCUGCAUUGCCCAUAUCAUAUGGGACCCAUCAUUCAAAAGCCAUGAUUCUUGUGUACCCUAAAGGGGUCAGAAUUGUUGUACACACUGCGAACUUGAUAUAUGUUGACUGGAACAACAAAAGUCAAGGUUUGUGGAUGCAAGAUUUCCCGUGGAAGGACCAAAAUAGUUCAAAUACGGAAUGUGGCUUUGAAAGAGACUUGAUUGACUAUCUUAGUGUGUUGAAGUGGCCUGAGUUCAAUGCAAAUAUACCAGGGCUUGGAAACUUCAACAUCAAUUCCUCAUUUUUCAAGAACUUUGACUAUACCCGCGCAGGGGUCAGGCUAAUCGCCUCCGUCCCUGGAUAUCAUUCAGGUCCAAAUUUGAAAAGGUGGGGACAUAUGAAGUUACGUACUGUCCUUCAAGAGUGUACUUUCAGCAAAGAGUUUGAGAAAUCUCCUCUUGUUUAUCAGUUUUCAUCUCUUGGUUCUUUAGAUGAGAAGUGGAUGACAGAACUUGCAACUUCAAUGUCAGCAGGGAUGUCAGAUGAUAAAAAGCCCCUUGGCUUAGGGGAGCAAAUGAUAAUAUGGCCUACCGUUGAAGAUGUCAGAUGUUCAUUGGAGGGAUAUGCUGCUGGAAGUUGCGUCCCAAGCCCAUUAAAGAAUGUGGAGAAACCAUUUCUGAAAAAAUACUGGGCAAAGUGGAGAGCAACCCACACUGGUCGUUGUCGAGCAAUGCCUCAUAUAAAGACGUUUGUUCGUUACCACGGUCAAAGUGUAGCAUGGUUACUGCUUACUUCUGCAAACCUCAGCAAAGCCGCCUGGGGAGCUCUUCAAAAAAAUAAUUCCCAAUUGAUGAUUCGAUCAUAUGAGCUGGGGGUGUUGUUUUUACCAUCUGUCAAUUGUGAAAGUGGAUUUUCUUGUACGGACGAACGCAGUAAUCUCUCUAAGGUUAAAAAAUCUACAAUGGAGAAAGAGAGAAGGGCAAAGCUUGUAACUAUAGCUUGGCAAGGAAAUAUAGAUGCAGACUCUCCUGAAGUUACCAAGUUACCCUUACCCUAUGAGCUUCCUCCUACGCGAUACUCUCCCGAAGAUGUGCCCUGGUCAUGGGAUCGUCGUUAUGCCAAGAAAGAUAUAUACGGGCAACUUUGGCCUAGGUAAAGGACUGUUGGAAACAAGUACAAAUGUGUUUGGUUGGCCCUAACCUGGGUUUCACAAAGAACUGCUUUUGUAUAUUCUCAAAUAGAACAUGAUGAUGAUAUACUCUUCUUAAUCAGGGUUAGUUCCCCAAUGUAUAAUUUGCAUGCAUAUUCUAGCCCCAGGUUAAACCCAAGGUUUUGAAGUCAUUUCUUUUACUCCUAUGGUAAGGACUGGGCUAUGACCGGACUGAAAAAACCCGGACCGAACCAAAUAAGGGUUGUUUUUUUUG